GUCGACGACAUUGGUACUCGCUCAAGACAAACUCGCUCACUCACCGUUGACACGCCGAUUUUUCCUUCCUACACACGAAGAAGCACCUCAGACUUCCCAGCAGCCAUGGAGAACGAAAAGGGAGAGAUUGUCGAUCUCUACGUCCCCCGCAAAUGCAGCGCGACCAACCGCAUCAUCAAAGCCAAAGACCACGCCAGUGUCCAACUCAGCGUCGGCAAGGUUGACGAAAACGGCCGCUACACCGGCGAGAACCAAGUCUACGCCCUGUGCGGAUUCGUGCGGUCGAGAGCCGAGAGCGAUGACGCCCUGAACAGAUUGGCCCAGCGCGACGGUUUCCUCAAGAGUGUCUGGAGUGCUCAGCCUACGAGAUAAAGAAAAAAGGCAAGGAGUGGAGUUGGAUGUGUGGCCUGGAGGGCAGAAAAGUGAGGCAAAUGAUGGACACGACAGAGGCAUUUGGCACGAAUUGUCACGAACUUGAGUGGAUGAUUCGUUAACGGUCGAUGGAACGCAUGCUAUUAUUGCGACAUCAUAAGUGUCUUGCAGCAUGGUCGCCUGCAAGGGUGAUGCUCGGGCUUCAAGGAUGGAGAACUUAGACAUUGCCCCAGAAGCGAGAAAGGAAGUCCAUCUCGGGCUGGAAAAAUGAAAAAGGACAAUCCCAAUGGCACAAAACUUCCCGAUUGCUGUCCCAUGCUGCUUCGCUAGGACUUAUAAAUUGUGCCGCCCGUAUCUGUGCUCUGACUCUUGACCUCGGAAUGAUCACAGCU